CCGGGCCGCUGCCGAGGCGGCGGAAAAGGGGCCCGUUUCCCGGAGUCGGGGCCGCCGCCAUGGCCAAGGCCGUGGCAGCAGCAGGAGGAGGAGGAGCAGGAGGAGCGGGAGGAGGCAUCGGCGGCGGGCUGACCUGGGUGACUCUGUUUGAUCAAAACAAUGCCUCCAAAAAAGAAGAGAUGGAAAGCACUAAUAAAAAUGACUCUUCAAAGAAGUUGUCAGUCGAGAGAGUUUAUCAAAAGAAGACCCAGCUUGAACAUAUUCUCCUUCGUCCUGAUACGUACAUUGGGUCAGUGGAGCCAUUAACUCAGUUAAUGUGGGUUUAUGAUGAAGAUGUAGGAAUGAAUUGCAGAGAAGUUACAUUUGUUCCAGGCUUGUACAAGAUCUUUGAUGAAAUUCUUGUUAAUGCCGCUGACAAUAAACAGAGGGAUAAAAACAUGACCUGUAUCAAAAUUUCUAUUGAUCCGGAAUCUAACAUCAUCAGCAUCUGGAAUAAUGGGAAAGGCAUUCCAGUAGUGGAACAUAAAGUAGAGAAAGUGUAUGUUCCUGCUUUAAUAUUUGGACAGCUAUUAACAUCCAGUAACUAUGAUGAUGAUGAGAAAAAAGUUACAGGUGGCCGAAAUGGUUAUGGAGCAAAGCUUUGUAACAUAUUCAGUACGAAAUUUACAGUUGAAACAGCUUGCAAAGAAUACAAACAUAGCUUUAAACAGACCUGGGUGAAUAAUAUGAUGAAGACUUCAGAGCCCAAAAUUAAACAUUUUGAAGGAGAAGACUACACAUGCAUAACUUUCCAGCCAGAUUUGGCCAAGUUUAAGAUGGAAAAGCUCGACAAGGAUAUUGUGGCCCUCAUGACUCGAAGAGCUUAUGAUUUGGCUGGUUCAUGCAAAGGCGUCAAAGUCAUGUUCAAUGGAAAGAAAUUACCUGUAAAUGGAUUUCGCAGUUAUGUAGAUCUGUAUGUAAAAGACAAGCUGGAUGAAACCGGAGUUGCCUUGAAAGUAAUUCACGAACUUGCAAAUGAAAGAUGGGACGUUUGUCUCGCAUUAAGUGAGAAAGGAUUCCAGCAAAUCAGCUUCGUAAAUAGCAUUGCAACCACAAAGGGGGGAAGACAUGUGGAUUAUGUUGUUGAUCAAAUUGUUGGUAAACUGAUUGAGGUAGUGAAGAAGAAGAACAAAGCUGGAGUAUCAGUGAAGCCGUUUCAAGUAAAAAAUCACAUAUGGGUUUUUGUUAAUUGCCUUAUUGAAAAUCCAACUUUCGAUUCUCAGACAAAGGAGAACAUGACUUUACAGCCCAAGAGCUUUGGGUCCAAAUGUCAGCUGUCAGAAAAAUUUUUCAAAGCAGCCUCCAACUGUGGGAUUGUAGAAAGUAUUUUAAAUUGGGUCAAAUUUAAGGCACAGACUCAACUGAACAAGAAAUGUUCAUCAGUGAAGUACAGUAAAAUCAAAGGCAUUCCCAAAUUGGAUGAUGCUAAUGAUGCUGGUGGUAAACAUUCCCUGGAAUGCACGUUGAUUUUAACAGAAGGAGAUUCUGCCAAAUCACUAGCAGUUUCUGGGUUAGGUGUGAUUGGACGAGAUAGAUAUGGAGUAUUUCCAUUGAGGGGUAAAAUUCUGAAUGUUCGAGAAGCCUCCCAUAAACAGAUUAUGGAAAAUGCAGAAAUCAACAAUAUUAUUAAAAUAGUUGGUCUUCAGUACAAAAAAAGUUACGAAGAUGCAGAAUCUCUGAAAACAUUGCGCUAUGGAAAGAUAAUGAUUAUGACUGAUCAGGAUCAGGAUGGCUCCCACAUAAAAGGCUUGCUAAUUAAUUUCAUUCAUCACAAUUGGCCAUCCCUUUUGAAACAUGGUUUUCUUGAAGAGUUCAUUACUCCCAUUGUAAAGGCAAGUAAAAACAAGCAGGAGCUUUCCUUCUACAGUAUUCCUGAAUUUGAUGAAUGGAAGAAACAUAUGGAAAAUCAUAAGGCAUGGAAAAUAAAGUACUACAAAGGGUUAGGUACCAGCACGGCUAAAGAAGCAAAGGAAUACUUUGCUGAUAUGGAAAGGCAUCGCAUCUUGUUCAGAUAUGCUGGGCCUGAAGAUGAUGCUGCCAUCACCCUGGCUUUCAGUAAAAAGAAGAUUGAUGAUCGCAAAGAAUGGCUAACAAAUUUCAUGGAGGAUCGCAGGCAGCGCAGGUUACAUGGCCUUCCAGAGCAAUUUUUAUAUGGUACAGCAACAAAGCAUUUAACGUACAAUGAUUUCAUCAACAAGGAGUUGAUUCUCUUUUCAAACUCAGACAACGAAAGAUCUAUACCAUCCCUUGUUGAUGGCUUUAAGCCAGGUCAACGCAAAGUUUUGUUUACCUGUUGCAAGAGGAAUGACAAACGGGAAGUUAAGGUUGCGCAGUUGGCUGGAUCAGUGGCUGAGAUGUCUGCUUAUCAUCAUGGAGAACAAGCGUUAAUGAUGACUAUUGUUAAUUUGGCUCAGAACUUUGUUGGAAGUAACAAUAUUAAUCUGCUGCAGCCCAUUGGUCAGUUUGGAACCAGGCUUCAUGGUGGCAAAGAUGCUGCGAGUCCUCGAUAUAUUUUCACAAUGUUAAGCACUUUAGCAAGACUGCUUUUCCCUGCAGUGGAUGACAACCUGCUUAAGUUCCUUUAUGAUGAUAACCAGCGGGUAGAACCUGAGUGGUAUAUUCCCAUCAUUCCCAUGGUUUUAAUAAACGGCGCUGAGGGCAUUGGUACAGGAUGGGCGUGUAAACUUCCUAACUAUGAUGCUAGGGAGAUUGUGAACAAUGUCAGGCGAAUGUUGGAUGGCUUGGAUCCUCAUCCUAUGCUUCCAAACUACAAAAAUUUCAGAGGAACAAUCCAAGAGCUUGGUCAGAACCAAUAUGCAGUUAGUGGUGAAAUAUUUGUGGUAGACAGGAAUACUGUAGAGAUCACUGAGCUUCCAGUGAGAACAUGGACCCAGGUGUACAAGGAACAGGUGUUAGAACCUAUGCUCAAUGGAACGGACAAAACACCAGCAUUAAUUUCUGACUACAAAGAGUAUCAUACAGAUACAACGGUGAAAUUUGUUGUGAAAAUGACAGAAGAAAAACUUGCGCAAGCAGAGGCUGCUGGAUUGCAUAAAGUUUUUAAACUUCAAACUACUCUCACUUGCAAUUCUAUGGUGCUGUUCGAUCAUAUGGGAUGUCUGAAGAAGUAUGAAACUGUUCAGGACAUCCUGAAGGAGUUCUUUGAAUUAAGAUUAAAUUAUUAUAGUUUGCGUAGGGAAUGGCUUAUGGGAAUGUUGGGAGCGGAAUCUACCAAACUUAACAAUCAAGCUCGCUUCAUUCUAGAGAAAAUACAGGGGAAAAUCACUAUAGAGAAUAGGUCAAAGAGAGAUUUGAUUCAAAUGUUAGUCCAGAGAGGUUAUGAAUCUGACCCAGUGAAAGCGUGGAAAGAAGCACAAGAAAAGGCGGCAGAAGAGGACGAAACACAAAACCAGCACGAUGACAGUUCUUCUGAUUCAGGAACAACCGCAGGCCCUGAUUUUAACUACAUCUUAAAUAUGUCCCUAUGGUGUCUUACUAAAGAAAAAGUUGAAGAGCUCAUUAAACAGAGAGAUUCCAAAGGAAGGGAACUGAAUGAUCUCAAGAGAAAAUCUCCGUCAGAUCUUUGGAAAGAAGAUUUGGCCGCUUUUGUUGAAGAGCUAGAUAAAGUGGAGGCACACGAAAGAGAAGAUAUUUUGUCUGGAAUGGCUGGCAAAGCAAUAAAAGGUAAAGUUGGCAAGCCUAAGAUGAAGAAGCUGCAGUUGGAAGAGACCAUGCCUUCCCCUUAUGGUCGAAGAAUAAUUCCACAGAUCACAUCUGCCAUGAAAGCUGAUGCAAGCAAAAAACUACUUAAGAAAAAGAAGGGUGAUAUUGAUCCCAUGGCAAUAAAAAUGGAAUUUGAUGAUGAAUUCAGUGGUGCACCAGCAGAAGGAGCCGAAGACUCGCUGAAUACAUCAGCUCCGGUUCCUAAAACACCCAAGCCCAAGAGAGAGAAGAAGGAACCUGGCACCAGAGUAAGAAAAACACCUUUGUCUUCCACUAAAUCCAGUGCAAAGAAAGUGAAAAAACGAAACCCAUGGUCAGAUGAUGAGUCUAAAUCUGAAAGUGACUUGGAAGAAAGUGAACCUGUCAUAAUUCCAAGAGACUCUCUGCUUAGAAGAGCUGCUGCUGAAAGGCCCAAGUACACUUUCGAUUUCUCCGAAGAGGAAGAUGAUGCUGAUGAUGAUGAUAACAAUGAUUUAGAUGAAUUGAAAGUUAAGUCAUCUCCAGUGACAAACGACAGAGAGGAUGAUUUUAUUCCUUCAGAUAGCUUAGAUAAAGAUGAAUAUGCAUUUUCUCCGGUCAAAUCAAAACCUACCCCAGAAAAAUCCUCACAUGACAAGAAAAAUCAAGAAUUUGGAAACCUGUUCUCAUUUCCGUCCUAUUCUCAGAAGUCUGAAGAUGAUGCAACUAAGUUUGAUAGUUAUGAAGAAGAUUCUGCUCCUGUUUUUUCAUCGUCCUUUGCCCUAAAAUCAACAGAGAAGCCUCCAAGUAAAACAGUAGCUGCUAAAAAAGCAAAACCAGCUUCAGAUGCUACUCCCAAACCUAAGAGACCUCCCAAACAGAAGAAAAUGGACACAACAAACUCUGAUUCUGAUUCAGAAUUUGGCAUUCCAAAGAAAAUUGCAGCUCCCAAAGGUAAAGGCAGGGGAGCAAAGAAAAGGAAAGCUUCAGGCUCUGAAAAUGAAGGUGAAUACAACCCUGGAAGGAAAACAUCCAAAUCCACACCAAGCAAGAAAUCCAAGAAAGCCCCUUUUGACCAGGAUUCAGAUGUAGACAUCUUCCCGUCAGAUUUCAGCUCUGAACCACCGUCUCUGCCACGGACAGGUCGGGCUAGAAAAGAAGUAAAAUAUUUUGCAGAGUCUGACGACGAUGUAGAUUUUGCCAUGUUUAAUUGAGUGCCCAGUGCACACACAAACAUUUUCCAACAAAAUACCUUGUGUUGUCCUUUUGGUCUUUUCUGUCGCAGACUUUUGUACAUUUGGCUUAUUUUAAUGUGAUGAUGUAAUUGAUGGUUUUUAUUCUUGUGUGUAGGCAUUUUAACAUUUUGUUCUUACACAUACAGUUUUAUGCUCUUUUUUACUCAUUGAAAUGUCAUGUAUUGUCUGAUUGGCUUGUAGAAAUGUUAUAGACUGCUGUGCUAAAAGCACACAUUUUAACUGUUAUGACUGCAGACAACAAACCUGCUUUUUGAAAUGAAAUUUAAACAUUAAAAAUGGAACUGUG